GGUGGGUUUUGAGCGACAAAUUUUCUUGGUGGCCAUAAAAACGAGAAACACGCACAAUUUAGUUAACCUUGAAACAAAACACGACCAAAGAACGGUGCAACAUUGUUAACCACUUCCGCUUGCAGCGUGAAUAGUUACAGUAGCUAGCGAUGGAUUUCGUGCCGUUCGUGCUCACUGCUGGUAUUAUCUUUUUCCUCCUGUAUUGGAUGGUGAAAUGUUGCUGCACAAGGCGCACUAGUCAGGGUGCGGUGAUAGCAACACCCAUUGUGAUAACUUCGGAAGUUCAUCAUGUUACACCGGGACCUACCCAAGCCGUACCGGCUGGUGCGAUCAUUCAGGGACAUUCGACUGGAACAUCCGCGUAUCCGGUAUCGCAGACCGGCUUUCCAGCUCUGCCUGUGCAGCAACAUUCGGCACCCUUUCCCGCACAACCGUACAUGCAACACUACCCACUGCAACAGUCAGGUGCACCGUCAGUACCAGCGCCGGAACAUGUCAGUGCUGGUCCUGUACAAUUUCCGGCACUUCCUCCGCAGUUUGAGUAUACUGCCCCACCAACGGCAUCCGCACCUCCGGCCGGUCCUGUGGUUGGUGCUGCGAUGGUUAACCCACCGAGUUACGAUCAGGUGGUGUCAGAGGCAUACCCUGUCCAGGCCCCGUACAAUCCAAACUUCAAAGGUUAACAGAACGACUUACAACCCUUUCGAAAUGCAACUUAAAAUCAGGUUAAGGGCGGAACGGGAAAUGAAAACACCUUAAGACGAAUGGAAUCCUGCCGUCGUGCCAGCGACUUCCAGUUCUUCCCUGGAAUGCAUUAGACUGUACCGUGUAAGUAACUAUUAAGACGGCACUUCCAGUAGCAGUGCAUGAUGUUAUUGCAUCACAAUCCGUGGACGUGUCAUGGAGUAGAAUACUCGUAAACUAGAUUCGUUAGCGAAUGCGAAGAUUUAUUAAAUGUUUAAGCUUAAAGUCAGUUUAUGAUGAGAUCGAUUAAUAUGAAAAAUAUAUACAAUUAAAGUUGAAUUCUUACUCGUUUGCUAAUGUACUGGAAAAGAAAAACGUAUUAUAACAGUUGUAUUGUUCCAUUUAGGCGUUUCCAUGCCUGUCGAUAAUUUGCAUGCCACUACGGACAAUUGUGAUCGAU